CGGAGAGGAUGUUACGUCACAAGAUUUCCGCAACGCGUCGGUUUUUCCCUGGGAAGAUGGCGACCGUCACAACAGCCACCUCAGAAUGGAUCCAGUUCUUCAAAGAUGCUGGGAUCCCUCCUGGACUGGCUGUCAACUAUGCUGUGUCAUUUGUUGAUAACAGGAUUCAGAAAAACAUGCUCAUGGACCUCAGUAAAGAAAUAAUGAUGGACUUGGGAAUCACAGUCAUCGGGGACAUCAUAGCUAUUCUCAAACAUGCAAAGCAUGUGUAUAGACAGGAUAUGUGUAAAAUGACAACUGAGGCCCUUUCGUCUGGACAAACUAGUGUACAGGCUGAACUGAGACGUACUGCUAACACUCCUGCCACACGCAUGAUCGCCAAUGCUCUGAGUCGGGACUCCCCACCAAGCACUCCUGCUCGGCGCCCUGACAACCGAAUAUCAGUGACGGUCUCCAACGCUAGUGCCAAAACAGUUUUAGUUCCCAGCAAGCCAGCAGAAGAAAAUGGGUUGCAAGUGAAGCGCCGGCGAGUCACUAGAGAAAUGGAGGGGAAAUAUAUCAUAAACAUGCCAAAAGGCACUACAGAUCGCACUCGACGCAUCCUGGCACAGCAGGCCAAGAAAGCCAAGGUUUUAAAACGUACUUCAGUGUUUGACAGACUUGGGGCAGAGUCCAAGACUGACACCAUCUCAGCCAAUAAGCAGCCAACAGGUGUGUUUAGCCGACUGGGUGAAGCAGAGGAGGAAGAAGAGGGUGGAGGGAAGACCAAUGAUGUCACUGACUCCUUAGAGGACAAUGACAGUGACGAUGAAGGCUCAGUGCUGCAGUAUGCCGGCGUCCUCAAACGAACCCCACCUUCUUCUAAAAAAGAGACUGUAACCACCAAAUCUAAACCCUUCACUCUGCGUCGACUUGGCGCCAAGUACAAACUCCCCCCAUCUGAAGGCCCACCACCUAUCUCCUCUACCUCCUCCUCCAGCCAGGAGGGGACACCCAAACUGGGUGUACUGCAGAGACUGGGAAAGGCCCCCUCAGUCAAACCUACCUCCUCUACCCCUCUAGUUAGUCAGCCCGCAGACACUCAGGACAGUCGAGUCACGAGCAGCAGAAGCAAAGCUCAGGGCAGCUUUGCUCUGGCCAGCCCUAAGGUCAGUAGCAGCACAGGUGACACUCACGGGGCUCAGAUGGACGCUGGGGCAGUCAGUGUAUUCAAGAGACUAGGUGCUCGGAAAACCUAAUGCCCAGAAAACUGAAAACGGCACCCCUUUUUAUCCAGCUUGCCUCUUUUAUAACCUAAAACCCACCUGAAUUUUUAUUUGAGAGAGUGGAGGAACUCUAGGACCACCCUUGAUGGAUUGGGAAGUCAAUAUGCUGUACCUCAUGAAGUGUUAUGAUUGAUAUUAGGGGACAAAAAAGGGACGGCUGCAAUAUCUGUUAAAUAUAAGUGUGUGGGCAUACUGUUGUCCUUAUGUUUGGUUAUAGGAAUCCCGCUCUCCUACUUUGAUAGCUACUCUCCUGCGCCCCUGUGAGUGAAACAUUUUUCCACAUUAAAUGGGUUUGUAAUGAAGAUUUUAUAAUGCAUGACGCCCAGCAUCAAAUGCUCGAAAUAUCCAUUUUUCCCACUACAGUAGCCAAGAGACAUAAGUGAAAGCAUGUGCUGUUUACCACAAACACCUCAGCUUACCGAUUCCUCUGUGAAGUAAGCUCAUGUUCAACCAUCCUCUUACCUCCUCCUGUUUUUAAAGAGAUAGUUCACCUAAAAAUGAUUAUUGUCAUCAUUUGAUCACCCUCAUGUCGUGACUUACUUUCUUCUGUGGAACACAGAUGUUUCAGAAAUGUCCAAUAGUGGACAUUAUAAUGAUUUGGUUACCAACAUUCCUCAAAAUAUUUUCUUUUGUGUUCUGCAGAAGAAAGUAAGUCAUACAGGUUUGGACAUGAGGGUGAGUAAAUGACACGAUUAUCCUUUUUUUGAUAUCCUCUCCCUUUAACUUAAAGGAUCGGAAAAGCCUUUCAAUGGCUUAAAACUGCACACGUGAGCAUUGCCAUUAAUGCGCCUUAACCUGUGGUCACACUAGACUUUAAAAAAUGAAUAAAAUUCAACAAUUAACAAGUAAUAUAUAUAAACAUAAGUGCUGCCAAAACAAUUGAUCGCGAUUAAUCACACCCAAAAUAAAAGUUUGUUUACAUAAUGUGUGUGUGUAUUGUGUAUAUUUAUGUAUGUAUAAAUACACAUGCAUGUAUAUAUUAAACAAAAAUAUAUUUAUAUAUAAAAUAUUUACACAUGUAAAUAUUUCUUAAAUUUAUACAUGUGUGUAUUUUUAUAUGUACAUAAUAAAUAUACACAUUUAUGGAUGUGAUUAAUCGCAAUUAAUCUUUUGACAGCACUAAUAUAUAUAUAUAUAUUACUUUUUCCCCUCAGUGCUGCAAAGUUUGUGUUCCUUACAAUCAGCUAAGAGAUCACGCUGUGACGUAUCAUUCUUCUAUCGGUAGCAUGUCUUCACUAUACAAAUUCGCAGGUUAGUGUUCACCAAAAUUGGGCAUUUGAAUGCCACAGAAUGCAAAGCUUCUCCAACAUUCGCAUGCAUAUGAAUAGAAUUUAAGUGUCAUGUGACACCAUCCCCCCCAUGACCACAACUGUUACUUUGCUUGAAGACCCAAAAUCGUGAUCAAUGUGUAAAAAGAGUCUCUGCUAUCAAAUACCCUUGGACAGGCAGAGCAAAUAUAACAUUGGUACUAGCAUGCUGUUGCCAAGCAACACACGUGGAGGUGGACCCUUGUGUAUUGUGUAUGUUUUCACCCCUUUAUACUGUUGACUACAGUAUCCACUAAUCAUCCUGUUGUAAUAGGUAUUCACCUUCACUUUCUGUGUUUUACAUCAUGUUUCUUCUGUUUUUAUAAAUAUUUUAAUUUGAUGCAUCUCAAAUGCAGAAUUUCUAAGUUAGGUUAUGUUUAAGGAAUAAUAACUGAGAAAACAUUUUAACUGGGUAAGUUUAUGAAAUAUUGAUGAAGAUUAUUUGUCUUGGGAAUGGAUUGAAUAUAAAAAGAUGAAACGGAAAAAC